AUGAUACCAAAGAAGAAGAAUGUCACCGUCAGUUUAUCAGCAGCUGUAGUGGAGAAGACGGAAUACAUGUAUGGAGUGAAUGACGAUUCCAGAAUGCAAGAAAGAAGAGAAAGUGAAGAAGUAGCCUCAGGAAAAGCACAAAGGUGUAUCAGAGUAUUAAACACAGAGCUGCGGAUUGUGCUGCUGGGAUCUAGAUUAUCUGGGAAGAGCUCAGCAGGAAACACCAUCCUGGGCAGAGAUGAGUUUGACUUGAGGAGAGCUGCUCAGUGUGUGAAGAGACGGAGAGAAGUUGCAGGGAGGCAGGUCACUGUGGUCGACACUCCAGGCUGGUGGGAAAAUUACCCUGUAGAGUCCACUCCUGAGCUGGUUAAACGGGAGAUUGUGCUCAGUGUGUCUCAGUGCCCCCCAGGACCCCACAUUCUCCUCCUGGUUAUACAGGUGGAUGAUUCAUUCACAGAGGACCACAGAGAAGCAGUAGAGGACCAUCUGGAGCUUCUCGGUGAGAGCGUCUGGAGUCACACUAUAGUGCUGUUCACCUAUGGGAAAAGACUGGGACAAACAACCAUUGAGCAGCAUAUUCAGAGAGAAGGGAAGGCCCUUCAGGGGCUUGUUGAGAAAUGUAAUAACAGAUAUCAUGUCCUUAACACUAAGAACAGGGGAGAUGUCACAGAGCUGCUGCAGAAGAUAGAGGAGACGGUGACAGUAAACAGAGGCCAUUUUGAGCUAAAGAGAGGGACACUAGAAAAGAUUGAAGGCAGAAAGAAAGUGGAGGAAGAGGGAGUGAAACAGAGACUUACGAAGGUGCAGGAACAGCGAGAGACCCUUGUGACACUAAUGGGUGACUCUGUCCAUCUCUCAGUGCUGAGGAUUGUGCUGCUCGGGGCUAGAUUAUCUGGGAAGAGUUCAGCAGGUAACACCAUCCUGGGCAGAAAGGAGUGCCUGAGGGUAGCUGCUUGUUGCUCAAAAGUAGCAGGGAGGCAGCUCACUGUGGUCGACACUCCAGGCUGGUGGGGGAAUCUCCCCAUAGAGUUCACUCCUAAAAUGGUUAAACAGGAGAUUGUGCUCAGUGUGUCUCAGUGCCCCCCAGGACCCCACACUUUCCUCCUGGUCAUUCGGGGGGAUGUUUCAUUCACUGAGAAAGAAAGAAGAGCAAUAGAGGAACACAUGGAGCUUCUCAGUGAGAGAGUCUGGAGUCACACUAUAGUGCUGUUCACCUAUGGGGAUUGUCUUGGAAACACAGCCAUUGAACAGCAUAUUGAAAGUGAGGGGAAGGCCCUCCAGUGGCUUGUCGAGAAAUGUGGGAACAGGUAUCAUGUUCUCAACAAUGUCAACGAGGGUGACGGCACUCAGGUCACAGAGCUGCUGGAGAAGAUAGAGGAGAUGGUGGCAGGAAACAGUGGAUAUGUGUUUCCUGAUCAGAUCAAACAAUCUGCACCAAUCAGGAAAGCUGACAGUAUGAAGUGGCUUCCUCCAAACAGUAAGACGAAUUCUGACUAAAAUGUAGUACAGGGGUCUAUGCAGAGUAUAUUUCUGGUAAUCUGACAUUCAAAAUUCAAAUAUCGCAUAAUUUACCUAGCAUGAACAUUGUCAUUUUUAUGUUUAGUUUAUAACCAUUGUGAUUAGGUUGAUCAACAUUGGUUCUCAUUUUGCUAAAUACCAGACACUAUUCAAUGUUCUUGUUUUCUU